GAGGAGGUGACAGCAGCUGUGUCAGAGCUCACAGACAAACUGAAGGACAUUCUGAGAGAGGAAUGGACAAACAUCUCACUGGCAGUCACUAAUGUGGAUGUUUUACUGUCAGAACCAGAACCAGAACCAAAAAGCAGAGCUGACUUCUUAAAAUAUUCAUGUCAAAUCACACUGGAUCCAAACACAGCACACAGACAACUGUUACUGUCAGAUGAGAACAGAAAGGUGAAAUUGAUGAAAAAACCUCAGUCUGAUUCUGAUCAUCCAGACAGAUUUAUCUCAAAGUUUCAGGUUCUGAGUAAAGAGAGUCUGACUGGACGUUGUUACUGGGAGGUGGAGUGGAGCAGAAAUUGUGUUUAUGUAUCAGUCACAUACAAGAAAAUCAGUAGAUCUGGACAGGAAAGUAGAUUUGGUUUUAAUGACAAAUCUUGGGCAUUAUUUUGUUCUCCAAACAGUUUCUCAUUUCUCCACAACAGCAUUAAAACCUCCAUCUCUGCUCCUGGUUCCUCCAGAGUAGGAGUGUACCUGAAUCACAGAGCAGGUGUUCUGUCCUUCUACAGCGUCUCUGAAAGCAUGACUCUCCUCCACAGAGUCCAGACCACAUUCACUCAGCCGCUCCAUGCUGGAGUGAGGUUGUUUUGGUUUGAAGACUCAGCAGAGUUCUGUAAACUCAAAUAGUUCCUGAAAGAAAUGAAAUGUUUGUUUUAGUGAUUUCUCUGUUUUCCUUCAUUUUGAACUAAACUUUUUAACUGUUAAUAUUCUGUGGAGUCGAGUUUGUAGUCAGAAAAAAAGAGAAAUUAAAAAUCUCUAGAAUGUGGAUUUGAGACAUUCAAACCUUGUAGUGUAAAAUCUAUUUUCCGUUUGUUGCUUUGAACUUUGGGAUUUGACUGAAUUCAAAUUUCAAACAAAUGUUGUGUUCAUGUUUUUGUGUUGUUGUCAUGUGAACUGAAGGAAGCUGCAACACAAAUAGAAUCAGUGACGUCACAAUCAAAGACUUUCUCUGUUUGUUCUACACAGAAACUACAAGAGAAAAAACUGAAGGAGGAGAGUGUUUGUAGAAAGAAGAACAUUUACAACUUUGUUUACUUUCUUUUUGCUUAAUUUGACAACUUUGGAUUGAAGAUUUGUGUUUUCAUUUCUGUUCUUCAGAGAAAAG